GUUUUGAAAAGCUGUCGGCUUUGAGAAAAUUGGAGACUCUAAAUCUUGAAUGGAACGAAUUUGAUCAUAGCAUUCUGCCAUCUAUGAGUGCGCUUAGAUCCCUUAAGAUGCUUAAUCUCCAUGCAAAUAAUAUUGGGGGAUUAUUUCCACCUCAAGAAUUAGCUUAUCUUGGGAACCUGGAAAGGUUGGAUCUAAGUUUUAUUCAAUUUAAUGACAUCCAAGGUUGUGAGAACUUAUCGAGAUUGGAAAAUCUAGAGACGUUAUAUCUUCGAGGAAACAGGUUCAACAAGAGCGUCAUUCUAUGUUUGAGUUCAUUGAUAUCCCUCAAAAACCUUUCUCUUCAAGGCAACAACUUAGGAGAUCCCUUUCCUGCCCGAGAAUUAACGGUGUUGAAAAACUUGGAGACGUUGGAUUUAAGCUCUAAUGAGCUUAGCUCCCUAACAAUGCAAGAUUCUAAACUACUGUCUAAUUUGAGCAAGAUGAGACAUCUGGAUCUAAGUGGUAAUCAUUUUGACAAGGAUGCCUUCAGGAUUUUGGGUGCUCUCCCAUCCCUUAAGUUUCUAUCGUUACUGUUCAAUCAAAUGGAAGGACCACUUUCUAACCAAGAAUUGACUUAUAAUCUUAGCAAUCUGGAGGUCCUCCUCCUCAGAGGAAAUCUGCUCAAUGGAACACUACCAAUGGAAGGUUUGACAUCCUUCCGCCAUCUUCAGAUCUUAGAUUUGAGUGAGAAUAAUUUCUUUGCAAGUAUUCCUCCAUCCAUAGGAGCAUUAUCUUCUCUGAAAGCUCUAUCUCUGGCUCAAAAUAACCUUAGUGGUUCUUUACCAAUUCAAGGUUUGUGCAAACUGAAGAAACUUGAGGAGUUAGAUCUCAGCCAUAACCAUUUUGAAGGGAUCCUUCCUUCAUGCCUAAGCAAUUUGAGAUCUCUCAAGUUUUUUGAUAUUUCUCUAAACCAAUUCACAGGAAACAUUUCUCCAUCUCUGUUUGGAAGCCUCAACUCCCUAGAGUACAUUGAUCUUAGUCAUAAUUGUUUCGAGGGUUUAUUCUCAUUUGGGUCAUUUGCAAACCAUUCAAACCUUGAGGUGUUUGAAUUGAUAAGUGACAAUGACAAAUUUGAGGUAGAGACUGAAUCUACAGAUUGGAUUCCCAUGUUUCAGUUGAAGGUCCUUGUUCUAUCAAACUGUAAGCUCUCUGGCAAAGUUCCAAAAUUUCUACUUUACGAAAACAAAUUAAAGGUCAUCGAUCUCUCCCACAAUAACUUGACAGGUUCUUUCACAAACUGGUUAUGGGUGAAUAAUACGGGAUUAGAAGUUUUAAACCUGCGGAAUAACUCUUUUGUCGGUCAAUUUUGUUUGCCAUCACACCGCUAUAUAAAUACUUAUUGGAUGGAUAUCUCGAACAAUCGCUUAAGUGGGCAAAUUCAAGCCAAUAUGGGGCACAUAUUUCCAUAUAUUUUUUACAUCAACUUAUCUAGGAAUGCUUUUGAAGGUGGUAUCCCAUCCUCAUUUGGUAAGAUUAGUUGGUUGGAAUAUCUGGAUUUGUCCACUAAUAAUCUUUCAGGGGAGGUACCAAACCAGUUAGUCAGAAAUUGCAGAGCAUUAAAGAUUUUAAUAUUAUCAAAUAACAAUUUUCAUGGUCAAAUCUUUUCAGCUGCAUUCAACUUGACUUCGAUAUGGAGGUUGCAAUUGAAUGAUAAUCAGUUUGCGGGGCCUCUAACAAAUGUGCUCUCCAAAUUGUCUAAUUUGUACUUUCUGGAUAUUAGCAACAACUACAUGUUUGGCAAGAUUCCAAGUUCAAUGGAUAACAUGACAUCGUUGGGCACACUAAUCAUCCGAAAUAAUUCAUUCAAUGGUGAGUUCCCAUGUGCACUGGUUCCAAAUGUGUUUAUGGACGCUGCUUAUAAUUUGUUUUCGGGAUCAAUACAUCCUUCUUGCUCAAACCCAAACCUGGGAUAUGUGGAGCAUAUGCAUUUGCAAGGGAACAAGUUCACAGGAUUAAUUCCAAGAGCUCUCCUUAAUUCGUCAAAUCUUUUGACCUUUGAUAUAAGAGAAAAUAGCUUUAGUGGCAGCAUUCCUGAUUCUAUUGGAGUGGCUUCUAACCUCAGAAUUCUUUUGUUCAGAGGGAACCAAUUGAGUGGUUCAAUUCCAACUCAAUUGUGUCAAUUAACUGAGAUAAGUUUGAUGGACCUUUCCAAUAACUAUUUAGAUGGGUCUAUUCCCCAGUGUUUCGGCAAUAUCACCUUUGGCAUGAUAGGGGCUAGUGACCAGGCCUUCAUGCAAACAAUUGUAUCUUGGUACGGUAGGCAUACGUUUUACCAUUAUAAUGGUGUCCUAGAAAGGAAUUUUGAGAUCCAUGAUAGGGAUACCAUGUAUGCCAAAGCAGAUGAAGUUGAGUUUGUUACUAAAAGUAGGACCAACUUCUACUGGGCUGGUAGCAUCCUUAAUUUCAUGUCUGGAUUGGAUCUGUCAUGUAACAAACUAACAGGUGAAAUACCUUUUGAACUAGGGAAGCUAAGUAGUGUUCGUGCACUGAACUUGUCUCACAAUCUCUUGACUGGACCCAUCCCGAAGGCCUUCUCAAACCUUAUCCAGAUGGAGAGUUUGGACCUUUCUUACAACAAUUUGAGCGGAAACAUCCCAACAGAACUAAUCAAUCUACAUUUUUUGGAAGUGUUUAUUGUGGCUCACAACAAUUUAUCAGGUAAACUAUUAGACAGGAAAGCACAAUUUGGGACCUUUGAAGCAAGUAGUUAUGAGGGAAAUCCAUUUCUUUGUGGACCGCCAUUGGAGAAAAAUUGCACACCCAUCAUUAAUUUGCCACACUCGCCAAUAACAGUAUCCUCAGGCAAAACUGAAAGGAAAUGGUAUGAUAUUGAUCUAGUGGCUUUUUCUGCCAGUUUUGUCGGAUCAUACAUCAGUUUCUUGUUUGGAUUUGCUAUUAUUCUUUACAUCAACCCAUACUGGAGACAAAGGUGGUUCUAUCUGAUUGAGGAGGGUAUGUAUUCUAGUUAUUAUUUUAUUUCUGAUACUCUUGGCAAGAUAUUUUAGGCCUUCUCAAUAAUUAGCUAUGGUUUGUUUUCAUGGACAAGUAUUGUUAUGGCUUGUUUCUUUGGAUAAGUAUGGCUAGUGUUGUAAAUGGUAUUUGCUUUGUGUUGCUUAUUAAUGAAGACAGUGGAUUUAAUUAGUACCAUUAUUGAUAACUUAGCUUCA